AUGAAUCGUCCCAACAGGCCUCCUAACCUCUCAAUAGAUGAUCCAAAAGCUCCUGAAAGAUCGUCAUCCAGCUAUGUUCUCCCAGAAUUGAUUGUGGACCGCCCUAGCCCCUAUGGUUUAGAGCAUUAUGGUAUCUCAAUUCAAGACUGGGAUCCGCGAUCCAAGGAUGCCCAAACCACAUCAGAUGCCCCAAGUAAUGUACAAGACCAAAGAUCCGAAGCUGAAGUAUCCUUACGUUUCGGAAGAUGGGCAAAUACAGGAGCAGCUUCGCCUGCUUCUUCGCGACCUGUAAGUCCCGCUGGAUCCUCACCUCAAAGCUUGUAUCAUCCACCACGAACUCUCGGCAAAUCCAGGAGGAGAGGCAGGACACUACAAACUGGAGAUGGUCAAUCCCUCCGCGAAAGAGCUAGGCAGGAUAUCAAUUUCGAAACUUAUGGUUCGAUCACCGAAGACGGUCCAAUGUCGCCUAGAGGAUUUCAACGAGAUACAAUUAGCGCUUUGCAUGCUGAUCCACCUGAUUCGGUCAUUGUCAACAGAAAGUUGUACGCUUAUGAUCCUCGAGGUGAAGAGUACAUCCCAUUCGGUCAAGUGGAAUCGAUCCCUGGAUCUCCUACCAGUCCAGCUUCUACACCUUCUGUAACAGACUAUUUCGAUCCCAUGGACAGAAGACCGCCGCUCAGCAGACUGCCCAGUCAACAAAGCCUCAAUGAGGGAGACAAAGCAAGGUUUUAUCGAUCGAAUGCCGCCGCAGAAAGUACUCAAUCGCUCGCCGCCGUCCUGGCAGAAGCUCAAGAUGAAUCUCCAGCGCAUUCGCCAUAUGCUUCCGGUCUGCCAGGUCUCACUAUCGAUACUUCUGGGAACGAAUAUAGAAACAGUUGGGCUUCUUAUACCAGUACUGUUCCUAGUUCUCCAAACUCACCAGGAGCAGGAUCCUCGCGAAGCUCUCCCUCCGAUCUCAGACGGAUGUACAGUUCUGCAUCGAGACUCAUGGGCAGCAUCGAAGCUUUACCAGAAGCUAGCGAAUCCGACGACAGCAUUCAGCAUUCUCCCGUGAAUAAAAAUGAAAAGGGUAUCGAGCUGUCAUCGUUCCGAAAGGAUACUGAAGGAGGGAAUAAAGCACACCCCUGGAUUCAGCUUGCCGAAGGAUCCGUAGGAUCAAAUAGUCGACAGGUCUCUGAGCCACUUACAGGUCUGGCAAGGAAGAAAGAAGUCUGGAAACGAUUCUGGCGACAUAAAGUAAGUUUAGAUUUCCGAUCAUCAAGGCAAAAAUCAGGUACACCUUCACCCGCUAUCAGUCCUACGACUGGACGAACCUUGAGUCCAGAAGAGUAUGGGUACGAAGUCCGAUAUCCGAAAGCGGCCUUCGUAACUGCCAAAGAGCUAUCUCAGAUGUCUGCAACUGAAAGAGAACGAUUAAAAGCAGUGACAGCCUCUAUGAGAUCGGAGCCUUCAACAUCCAGAAUCAGAUUACAGACAUAUGAUCCAACUAGGUUCCAGAGCUUUGCGGGACGUGUACAGCAAGCUCAAGCUCAAGCUCGAGAUAAUGCUGUCACAGCUUUUGGCUUAGCCGAAGCAGAUGAACAGAGUAUGAGUAUCAUGUCAAGCGAACAAGAUACCUCGCGAGCUGGACGGUCCACGGAUCCAAGUGCGAGAACGUUAAGAAGAAGAUCAUCAUCCAAACUAGGCAGGACAUUGUCAUCAGCGAGCUCUAGGCUGUUUGGAUAA